AGGGGUCGGGGUGUGUGUAGUUUAACAAGUCCGUGAGGGAGAGUGUGCUCUGUGCUGUGUAUGUACAGUAAGGAGGGAAACUGAGACUUGUGUGUAGCCAACGAUGAACCCAACUUGUUUAUAAGGAUUUCUGAAUAAAUAUUAAUGGGGAAAAGAUUAUGGAAUUCUGAGCCAAUUCCCAGUGUAUAGAAAACUUGCCCUUCGAACUGCAGAGGAACUUUCAGCUGAUGAGAGAUCUGGACCAGAGAACAGAAGACCUGAAACGUCACAUCGACCGUCUGUCCUGCCAGUACAUGAGCAACGCCCGCUCCAUGAAUUCUGAGGAGAAGCUGCAGCUGCUGAGACAAGUGCAAGAGGCUUACGGCAAAUGCAAGGAAUACGGCGAUGACAAAGUGCAACUGGCUAUGCAGACGUAUGAGAUGGUAGACAAGCACAUCAGAAGGCUGGAUACAGACCUUGCUCGUUUCGAAGCUGAUCUGAAGGAGAAACACAUUGAAUCAAGUGACUAUGACAGUUGCUCCAGCAAGGGCAAGAAGAAGGGAAGAGGACAGAAGGAAAAGAAAGCUGCAAAGGUCAGGUCCAAGGUCAAGAACUCUGAUGAUGAGGCCGUGAAAAACACUCAAAAGAAAAUCAAACUUGUACAGACGGCCGAGUAUGGGGCCCCGGCGGGAAAUUUUGGGAAGGUGCAGCCUUCAGAUGUUCUGGACAUGCCUGUUGACCCCAAUGAGCCCACCUACUGCCUGUGUCACCAGGUCUCCUAUGGAGAGAUGAUCGGCUGUGACAAUCCAGACUGCUCCAUUGAAUGGUUUCACUUUGCUUGUGUCGGACUUGCCACAAAACCUCGUGGGAAAUGGUUUUGCCCACGCUGUUCCCAGGAGCGGAAGAAGAAAUAGGACUGGGCGCAGGGGUUCCUUUGGGGUCUGGCACGGAAUUCACGGGUGGUUGUAACCCUCUGUCGUGUCUCCUGGGCCAGGAGUACUGUGUCUUCCAAGCGAGGCUCAUUGCAGCUGAUGUUACUGACAGUAUUAUGACUCCAACCCCACCCACUGCCUCUUGGCUGCCCUCUCAUUGUCCAUGGCAGGAGCCCUGUGUUAAAGGACCAGUAACACUAAAAAAAUUUUAUGUAAAAAAAAUAAUUCCACCCCCCUCAAAUAACACAUCUAUCUUGGACAAAGUUAAUUUAUUUUAUUGUUUUGUACAUAAAUACCUAGAUUAAAUCCCUCUUCUGGUUGUGUGCUGCAUUGAAACGGCAAUGGGGCGACAUACAUUCUCUUAUGCAUGCGCGCUUUCUUUAAAACCAUAAGUUAGUGGCUUCUGCUUCAGGAAGGAUUUGUAUUCUCCAUUUGUUUCAAACAGUUUGUAUGGGAAGAGAGUGUGUGGGAGCACUACCCUUAGCAAGAUUUAUUUCUAAAAGGGUUAGAUAGUAAAGAAAAGUGUGGCGCUCUGCACUCGCUAUCUGGGUUUCAGGUCUUCCUUGGAAGAUUUAGGGCUGACCUGUGCGCUGCCUUAUUUCUCGCUGGUACUGAAGUAAAUCACUCUGGUCAAAUAUACAGAGCAUCAGAAAACCCUUUUUGAAGCAGAAGACAUCAGUUGCAACAAGAAAGUUUGGCUAGCAGGAGACUGGAGCUAGAAUGCGUGUGGCCCUAUCGCCUUUUUUGACAUGCAGCAGACAACCAGAAGUGAGAUAUUACCUAAGUAUUUAUGUAUAAAGUAGGGAUGCACCGAAUCCAGGAUUCGGUUCGGGAUUCGGCCAAGAUUCGGCCUUUUUCAGCAGAAUUCGGAUUUGGCCCAAUCCGAACCAAAUCUGAAUCCUAAUUUGU